AUGACAGUGCAACCUAAACAAGGACAUUUAUAUUAUGUUGCUCAAUCACCUGUUAUGUCAAUUAGUUGGUCAUCAUUUACUAAUGCUCCAUUGAGAUGUCUUUAUACAACAUUUACUGACACUAUUACAUCUCAUUUACAUAUUUUACAAUACGUUGUUCAAAGUGAUACUAUUGCAAAAACUUUAUCACCAGCAGUACAUGACCUUCCCUUUACACCAACAGCAGCUCAUUUUUCACCUAAACCUAUUUCUAAUAAUGAUAUUUUUGUUACUUCAGGUGAUGGAUUACGUGUAUUCAGUUUGUCAAGUUCAAAUGAUAUUAAUCUUACUGCCACUAUGACUGAUCAAAAAUAUCAACUACCAUCUUGUGGGUUUGACUGGUGUAAUCAAAAUCCAGAUUUAUUAUGUACUUGGUAUUUAGAUAAUACUUGUUGUGUUUGGAACGUAGAGACAAGACGUAUCGCUUGGUCUAUUCCAAGUAAGAAACAAAUCUUUGAUAUGAAAUAUUGUCCUAAUUCUCCUGAUGUUUAUGGUAUUGCUUCUGAACAAGGAUUACUCCAAUUAAAUGAUAUUCGUGCUGAAAGACCUAUCAUGUUAUUGUAUCAAUCACAAGAUGCACCAGACCUUAUGAAACUUUCUUGGAGUUCUUCUGACCCUAAUAGAAUUGCUACAUUCAGUUCAUAUGGUGAUAGGGUAGUUGUUAUGGAUAUCAGAAAACCUUUUGAACCAAUGACUCAAUUAAAAAUUGCUCAAAACCAAGUCAGUUGUAUUGAUUGGUCAACGUCUUCUGCUAACGAGUUAUGUAUUGGAACAACUGAUAAAAAAGUUAUGGUUUGGGUAAUUAAACCAUCUAGUCAAAAUGAAAAUUCAUUACUGGAAUUCUCUUCUGAUGGGGAGGUUAAUGAUGUAUGUUGGUCUAAAUCUAAUCCAGAAUGGAUUGGUGCUGCUAUGAGUUGUUCAGUCCAUUACCUUCAUGUGUAA